GCUCAGUGGAGGACCGCCAGCACCAACGUGUCCUUCUUUGAGAGCUUCUGCUCCACGGCCCAGCACGUGUUCAACGCCAGCAGGGAGACGUGCACAGUGACGCUGAGCGCCCGCGAGCCCCGCUCCCAGCUCUGGGCUGUGCAGGCUGUCAUACACCUCCCUUUGGACCCCGAAAAAGUCCUCGAGGAGCUGAGGGAGAAGAAGGACAAGUUAGAGGAGCUCGGCAUCGCCAACAUCACCUAUGACAGAAUGGAGAGAGAGAUGGUCAUCACGGAUGAGUUCAGCACGCCCUUGAUCAUCACCAUUGUCACCCUGGCCGGCUCCCUGCUGCUGAUCGCUGCCAUCUAUGGCUGCUGCCACCAGCGCUUCUCCCAAAAGAAGGACCAGCACAUCCACCCUGAUCUCCCCGGGUUUGAUGAUGGACAUGUGGCCCUGAUCUUUAAUCAGCGCCUGACCGAGGAGUUGCAGACAAUGGAGAACGGGUACCACGAUAACCCCACGCUGGAGGUGAUGGAGACCUCCUCUGAGAUGCAGGAGAAGAAGGUGAACCUCAACGGGGAGCUGGGGGACAGCUGGAUUGUGCCUCUCGACACCCUCAUGAAGGAGGACCUAGAGGAAGAGGAGGACACGCAUCUAUAA